CUCCAGCCUCCACGUCCUUUUCCUUCUUUUGUCUCCUUGUAUACCGCUCUAGAGCUAUCCCGACUUGUCUCUGAAACACCGAAGAAAGUAAUCGAAUCCACACGGUCUUACCGCCGUUGAUUUUACUUCCUCAACCAUGGGCCAAACGCUGUCUUCACCAGCUACGACAAAAACCUCGGAUUCAGGCCAGAACAGUCGUUUUGUGUAUGCUGUGACGGAGAUGCAAGGAUGGAGAAUAACGAUGGAGGAUGCUCAUGCGAUUGUGCUGGAUCUCGAGGAGAAUGCUGGACCAAGUACUUUCUUUGCUGUAUAUGAUGGGCAUGGCGGAGGGAGCGUUGCCCGGUUUGCAGGCCAGAAUGUUCACAAACGAUUGCUGGCUGAAGAGUCAUACAAAGCAAAAAACUACGAGGAAUCAUUGAAGAGAGCCUUUUUGGGCACUGAUGAAGACAUGCUGGGAAACCCCGCACAUUCUAGAGACCCGUCAGGGUGUACUGCCGUCGCCGCACUGGUCAUCAACGAUAAAAUUUAUGUUGCUAAUGCCGGUGACUCACGGUCUGUGCUGAGUAUCAAGGGAGAAGUGAAACCUUUGAGUUUCGACCACAAACCAACGAAUGACGUCGAGAGAACCCGGAUUGCUGGUGCCGGUGGUUAUAUUGAAUAUGGGCGUGUCAAUGGGAACCUCGCACUGUCAAGGGCGCUGGGCGAUUUUGAAUUCAAAAAGAAUUACAGUCUAUCCCCUGAAAAGCAAAUAAUAACGGCCGAUCCUGAUGUUACCUGUCAUGAAAUAACCGACGAGGAUGAAUUUUUGGUGCUAGCUUGUGAUGGGAUAUGGGACUGUUUGACGUCCCAACAAGUCGUCAACUUUAUCCGCUUCCAGGUGUCGGAAGGCAAAGAGCUGACAGAAAUUGGGGAGAUGAUGUGUGAUCAUUGUCUUGCACCGGAUACAUCCUCUGGCGCCGGCAUUGGUUGUGAUAACAUGACUAUUCUCAUUGUGGCCAUUCUCCACGGACGGACGAAAGAGGAGUGGUAUUCAUGGAUAACAGACCGUGUCAAGAAGAACUACGGUUACGCGACACCUAAUGCACUGCCGCAACUGUAUGCGCAAAGCCGGUUAAUGUCGUUCAGGGCGAGGCGGGAGGCCCAAGAGGCAAGGGAACGGGCAAGACAGGAGUUGGAAGACACUCAUACCAACGGCUAUCUCACAUCUUCAGCCUUUGGGACCUUUGCGCGCGUUUUGGGCAGUACCGGUGGGAUAUCCUAUCACCCGGGGGCAGGCAUCAUCACUGAUGGCGGGCUGAUGUUUGGGACCGAUGACAGCGAGGAGGAGGAGGAGGAUGACGAAGAGAAUUCAGCCACAGGUGCUGUUUCAUACUUUGAACCAACGAAAAACCUCAAGGCUCAGUUGGCCGAGUUUGAAAGGGACAUACGGGAGGAGGAUGGCUUGGAUGAUGACGCGAACGCCCCUACCACUGACCAUUUUGAAACAUCCGACGAUAUGGACGGCAUGGAAGAUCCGACGCUGGUACACCAAUUCGGCGGCUCUAGUUCAUCGCCUUCAAAGCAGGAAAUGCCGCCUCCGCCAAAUCUACGGGUGAACGGUGACGUUCAUCGAGUCGAGCAAUUAAAGUCGACACCUGGAGGAGAUGAACCUAGUCCGGCUGUAAAGGUGGAGGGUUUGAUGGACACGAGCGAAGAUCCCUUUAAAGUAUAGUGACGGGUCCUUAAUGGCUGGAUGUAUCUGUUAGUUUUCUUUCUCUUUCGUCUUUUUGUGUCGUCUACUGGGUUGCCCUACCUCAUAUAUCUAUUGGUUCUGUACCGCUGUCCUCUCCGAUAUCCUGA